UGCAACAGCGCAGCUCGCAGUGGGCGGGCGGGAUCCCGACAUGACGCAGCCGCCCGCUGAUGGAGUGCAAUCGCUGUGGUGCUUGGCUUGGCUUGCCGGAUGCAACCACUGUCACCUCUGCAGAUAGUAACGUGAGAGAAACAUCUUUGCAAAAGCCCCGUCUGCCCCCACGAUUUUAUUGUGGUGAAUAAGCCGGGAUCAGUAGAGUGUGCUGCCUCCUCCUCUCAGCUUCCCUGGGCAGCCGGAGGUUAGCUGCUGCCUCGAUAGGAUUUGCAACUGGUCCUCAAACAAAGAGACAAAGAUCAGUUUCAUGAUACAUUUAAAAGCGGCCACCAAUGACCUCUUUGUUCUGUGGCCUGUUUGGAACUUGGCCCAACAAAUCAAAUUAGAAUGACAACGGAAAGAUAUAGGCCAACUUGGGACCUGGCAUUGGAUCCCCUUGUAUCCUGUAAACUGUGCCUUGGGGAAUAUCCUUUAGAACAAAUGACUACAAUAUCACAGUGCCAGUGCAUAUUCUGCACACUGUGUCUGAAGCAAUAUGUGGAGCUAUUAAUUAAGGAUGGUUUGGAAUCUGCAGUUAGCUGUCCUGAUGCUGCUUGCCCUAAGAAAGGUCACCUACAGGAAAAUGAGAUUGAAUGCAUUGUAGCAGCAGAGCUUAUGCAGAGAUAUAGAAGACUCCAGUUUGAAAAAGAAGUGCUUUUGGAUCCAUGCCGAACCUGGUGUCCGUCCUCUGCCUGCCAGUCUGUCUGCCAGAUCAAGGAGGUGGAGUUGCAGCAGCCCCAGAUGGUACAAUGUGCAAGCUGUAAGUUGGAGUUCUGCUCCCACUGCAAAGCAAACUGGCAUCCAGGACAGCCUUGCCAAGAAAACCUGCCCAUCACCUCAUUACUUCCCGGAGAAACAAGUUCAUUCUUUGAAAAUGAUGAAGAGGAUGAUGUCCCAAUCAAACGUUGUCCAAAAUGCAAAGUCUAUAUCGAAAGAGAUGAGGGUUGCGCACAAAUGAUGUGUAAAAACUGCAAGCAUGCCUUUUGCUGGUACUGCCUGGAAUCCCUUGAUGAUGACUUCCUAUUAAUUCACUAUGAUAAAGGACCUUGCAGAAACAAGCUUGGCCAUACACGUGCCUCUGUCAUUUGGCACAGAACCCAGAAAGUCACAACAGCCAUCACUGAAGGAUGCAAGGCUCAUUCAACAUUUAUGUUCACUGCCUGAGUUCAAGGAUAAAGAGUAAAAAACUGGUGUUACCUGGUCCCUCACCAUCAACAUCCUGGCUUGUCACCACUGAUGGGAUACAGAACGCUUACAUGGCUAUGAUGACUUUUUUUUCACGCAAAGAGUGGUGGGUGUAAGGAACAAGCUGCCAGAUGAGGUAGUUGAGGCUGGGACUAUCCCAAUGUUUAAGAAACAGUUAGACAGGCACAUGGAUAGGGCAGAUUUGAAGGCAUACGGAUCAAGCGGAGGUAGAUGGGACUAAUGUAAGUGGGACAUUCAAGAGAUUCAAGAGAGUUUAUUGUCAUGUUGGGCAAGCUGGGCCGAACGGCCUGUUUCCACACUGUAUCACUAUGACUAUGACUCUAAGAGCAGAACUGACGCUGGGUAUUCAAUAUUGAAAGGCUCAGUUUCAGUUUGAUAAGUGAAGUCGAGGAUGUUUUCCACAGUAUUCUUCAGCAGGGGGUGCUCUGUAAAUUUCAUCCAAAUGAAACAAUGACCAGAUAUUUCCAGGUCUGAGGGGUGCAUGAGGGGUGCAUGAGUUCAUGGAAUGGAGAAGAGUACAGCACAGGAACAGGCCCUUCAACUCGCAAUGUAUGUGCAGAGAAUAACAGAGUUAACAUUUCUGUCAAUGACCUUUUAUCAGAAUAAUUGUUUCAUGUAAAAUAAGCAACUGAGGUAAAACCUAAUGGUUGUGAAAUUGAAAAUAAAAAUAGUACUUAAUGAAUUUCAAGUAAUUGUUUCUGAUUUGGGUUUUGUCUGUCAGUCAUCGUGCUGUUGAAAUGCACUCCAGGAAUGCAGACUUAAGAUAUCCUGCUUUUAAAGGGGUCUAAUGCUUGCAGUGUGGAGGUCAGUAGCAAUGAAAACUCUCAGCAGAGUCUGCUCUGAGGGCUGCACUGGAAGAACAAAGAGGCAGAUACAAAGCUAUUACCCCUGCAGUGUAAACCUUGGCAAUAUACUAUUGGGAUAUUUGUGAGUUUGGGAAGAUAGAAAUUAAACCAAAUGGACUGGAAUUGCUUCAGGGCGGCUACAGUUCAAAUACUGUAACUGGCUGGAGCUGUGGCCCUUGAACUUAAGAACAGUUCCCAAUGCACAUGUGGUGGGGUUACAGCACUGCAGUGGGAGGAGAGGUUCCUCUGAGCAAUUUCUGAGCUGAGAUCUUCUUUGUUUUUUGCAAGGGACCAAAAUGGUAAGAACAGGACUAUCUGCAUUUGGAUCUGACUAGUAUUGGACAAACAACACAAAGCUACUAUCUAACUCAUUGGAGACACUCUGACUACCUUUAAGUGGAUUUUACUGGACUUUAUCUUGCACUAAACGUUAUUCUCUUCAUCGCGUAUGUGUACACUGUGGAUGGCUUGAUUGUAAUCAUGUAUUGUCUUUCCGCUGACUGGUUAGCACGCUACAAAAGUUUUUCACUGUAACUCGGUACACGUGACAAUAAACUAAACCAAACAAAUAAAGAGCCCCUGAACUAGCAAUUGCAUUAAAAAUAACAGUGGAUAAUUAUGACAAAGAAUGGAAAAAUAUCUCGGUAUUUUUUUCUGAAGCUUAAUGUUGGCCACAGCAGCAAGAGAUUAACUUUGAAUUUAAUUGUGCUGCAUCUAACAAUGAAGUCAAAAUAAAUUGCAGAUGGUGGAAUUUACAACAAAGAAAAAACCCUGCCAGAAUCAAUAGGUCAAGCAGCAUCUCUGGAGGCAAAAGGUGGAAGUUGAUGUUUUCGAUCCAAACCCCUGCCUCAGUACUGAGAGAGAAGAGGAAAGAAUGACAUUUCUUUAUGUUUAAUGCCAGGUCAUAGCCUCUUCAAGCAGAAAACGAGAUAUUGUUCUACCAUAGAACAUAGAAUAUAGAACAUAGAAGAGUACAGUGCAGGAACACAAUGUCUGUGCCGAUCAUUCCAUGCAUUUCCACGUGCCUAUGUAAUAGCCACCUAAUCGCCACUAUUGUGUCUGUCCCCACCACCAUUCCUGGCAUUGUGUUCCAGAUACUUACCACCCUCUGUGUUCCAAUUUGCAUUUGGCUUUUAAUACUCAAUCCAUUGGGUUGUAACCCACCCAAGCAAUAUUUGAGAUGAUUUUUUGGGGAUACAGUGUGGAAACAGGCCCUUCGGCCCACUGAGGCUGACAAACAAUCACUCGUACACUAGUUCUAUGCUACACACUGGGAACAAUUUACAGAAGCCAAUUAGCCUACAAACCUGCAGGUCUUUGGAGUGUGGGAGCAAACCGGAGCACCUGGAGAAAACCCAUGAGGGAGAACGUACAAACUCCGUACAGACAGCAGGACUUUUGGCUUGAUGGGUUCUUAACUAGGGCAUGAAAGAAGGCUGACUUAACCUCUUGACAUGUACCAGUGACACAUCCUCAAUAGACAUUGGGAAGGGGUUAAGACCAGUUUCCUUACAAUUUGAAUCAUACGGUCUUACUCAUUCACGCCACAAUGUGCAGCCACCUGUAAUGAUGUUCAUUGCAGAUGUACACAGGAGGUAUUUCUUUUCUCCAGAGAAGCUGCUUGACCCACUGCGUUACGCCAACAUUUUUGUGUCGAUCACCUUUCACACUAAUUUCAUGUUAGAACACUUUUGCAUGCACUCUCUACACAUUGGAUGUAAUUUACAGAGGCCAAUUAACCUACAGACCUGCACACCUUUGGAAUCAUAAGGUCAUAAGAUCAUGUGAUAGGAAGGGAAUUAGGCCAUUCGGCCCAUCAAGUUUACUCCACCAUUCAAUUAUUGCUGAUCAAUCUCUCCCUCCUAACCCCAUUCUCCUGCCUUCUCCAUACAACCUCUGACACCUGUACUAAUCAAAAAUCUAUCUAUCUCUGCCUUAAAAAUAUCCAC